UCGAAGCGCCGCCAUCUUUCGACCUCCAUCUUCUUCCGCCGCACACAGCGCGAACAGACUUUGAACCCCUUUUUUCCUGCUCGGUGUACGGGACGGCUUUAAAUAAACAACCCACAGUUUAAAAAAAAAGAAGAAAAAAACAAUAAAAGAGAAGAAAAGAAACGACGCGUUUUCCUCCGCAGUGACUCUGAGUGAAACUCGGCGCUCGGGACGCUCGCGAAUGACUCGGAGACUGACGUUCACACGGCGCUAUUUGUUGCUCCGGCGGAGGGAUACGGUGCUUCAUUCUGCCAGAUCUAGCUUCUUUUUUCCUCCGCUGGAAGCCAUGAUGGAAGUUUGAGAGUUCAGCUGGAGAGAGAGACGCGGAGAGAGAAACGGCGAGAAAGAAGAUGAUUCCCUUCGACAGAUCCGCGGCGUGGACGUGCUCCUGAACCCGGGGCGCUUGGUGUUCGGGCUGUGGCCGAGGUGGAGCUGGUAGAGGGCCGCGUUUGUGUGUCGGAAAUCGCGUCGACCUUUUGAACGGCGGAGAUGAUCGCUCGCUAGGACGGCUUUGGCUUUUUAAAAGGUGGAGGAGACACACACACACACACACACACACACACACACACACACAGAGAGAGAGAGAGAGAGAGAGAGACAGAAAUGGCACUUAGAGACUGAUUGAAAGUGCAUUUGGGAGUGAAAGGGACGCUUUGUGGAUCCUCUUCCCCCACAUGAGAGGCGAUGGAGAGGUUUUCCUGCUCGGCUCGGAGGUAAAUCACGGCGGAUCUGAUGCUCUGCGUUUGGGCUCCUGGAGGAUCGGAGAGCCCUUUUCUCUCCUGGAGGAUUGGGACACUCAGGAUUUCUGCGUUUGUUUUACUCUCCACGAGCAUCCUGAUCAGCUUUAGGACACAUUUAUAAGCCGUGCUAUGUCUGUGUCAGACACUGAGACAGUCUGCUUCAGGCCUGCUGUAGUCUGGACUGGAGCCCUGCUCGGGCCCUUCAAGCUGUAGGACACUCUUACAGAUCAGAUCUCAAGCAUCUCAUUUCUACGCCGAAAUAAUCCUCGUUUUAAUCAGCGCAGCCUGCUAAACGAAGCAGGAAGGAAGGAUUCGGGCCUGUUCGCUGGAGAUCCGGCUCCAUCACAGACACGCCAAGCUUCAGCUGUACUAAUUGUAUAAUAUGUAUAUGUAUCAGUUCUAACGGAACCUUUCGGAUCAGCGUCCCGGUUUGCACGUCCUAAACGACCCGAAUAAUCCCGCUUUUACAAGCUCGAUUUGUUCCAGGUGUAUAAAUCAUUACUCUUCGUUAACAGCUCUCAAUCCGAACUGAACCUUCUGGAGAAAGGAACUCCGUCGGAGAGCCGGUCCGACGUUCUCGUAGACCGGAGUAUCGUACCGGUCCGACGUUCUCGUAGACCGGAGUAUCGUACCGGUCCGACGUUCUCGUAGACCGGAGUAUCGUACCGGUCCUGCUUUUCGUGGAGGAGUAGAUCCGUGUCUGCCGUCGUCAUCUUCGUCCUCGAGUCCGAAUAAUUCCCGAAGAACCCGAGGAACAUCCGAGAUCGUCCGUUUUGAAAUCUGGUUUUCACCCGGACGCCUUUUUUUUUUUUUUUUUAAAUAAAAAAAAAUCAUCAUUUUUCUUGUCCCCGGUAUCGCUGGAUUCGGAAAGCUCCCCAGGGCCUGGUUUUGACUUUAUCUAAAAAAAAUAAAUAAUCCACAUUUUCACGCCCAGACGAGCAGACGACGACUUUAUGUCUGUAUUAAGCAGAUUUGAGAACUUUUUGGACGCAAGUAUACGCUUAACAUAAUCACCGGACGUUUUGCUGCCGGAUCGGACGCGUUGUACGCACGUGUAGAUAGAUAUAUAUAUAAAUCUGCUCUAAAGCGGUGCAGACGGGGACAACGGACGUGUUUUUCUAUACGCGGUCGUGUUUGUGAGUAAACUGUGGAACUGUGAUGGCGUUCAUCAAGCAGAUCGUGAGCCGAGAAAAGAGACGGUACCAAGAAGAUGGAUUCGAUCUGGACCUGACGUAUAUUUACCCGAACAUCAUCGCUAUGGGGUUUCCAGCCGAGAGACUGGAGGGAGUUUACCGCAACAACAUAGAUGACGUCGUACGGUUUUUGGAUUCCAAACACAAAAACCAUUACAAAAUAUAUAACCUAUGUGCAGAACGACACUAUGAUACGGCCAAAUUCAACUGCCGGGUGGCUCAGUACCCGUUUGAAGACCACAACCCUCCUCAGCUGGAGCUCAUUAAGCCGUUCUGUGAAGAUCUCGAUCAUUGGCUCUCCGAGGACGAGAACCACGUCGCAGCGAUUCACUGCAAAGCGGGAAAAGGCCGCACGGGGGUGAUGAUCUGCGCUUACCUGUUGCAUCGUGGGAAAUUUAUGGAGGCGCAGGAAGCUCUGGAUUUCUAUGGAGAAGUGAGGACCAGGGACAAGAAGGGUGUGACAAUCCCGAGUCAGCGGCGGUACGUGCACUAUUACAGCUUCCUGCUGAAAAACCAUCUGGACUACAAACCCGUGGCUCUGCUGUUCCACAAGAUGGUGUUCGAGACGCUGCCCAUGUUCAGCAGUGGCACCUGCAACCCUCAGUUUGUCGUGUACCAGCUGAAAGUAAAGAUCCACACGUCGAAUCCGUCUCACACGAGGCGAGAGGACAAACUCAUCAUUUUUGAAUUUCCUCAGCCACUUCCUGUGUGUGGAGACAUAAAAGUCGAGUUCUUUCAUAAACAGAACAAGAUGUUAAAGAAGGACAAGAUGUUCCACUUCUGGGUGAACACGUUCUUCAUCCCCGGGCCGGACGAGAGCGGAGAGCGAGUGGAGAACGGCUCGGCCAUGAACGACAGCGACAGCCACUCGUCCACUCAGAGCCAGAGCUCUCCCUCCGAGCGGGAUAGAGGGAUGGGCGGAGGGGAGAGAGAGAGAGACAGGGAGCGAGACAGAGAGAGAGACAGGGAGAGAGACGGAGAAAGAGACUACUUGAUUCUCAUGCUGACGAAGAACGACCUGGACAAAGCGAAUAAAGACAAAGCCAACAGAUACUUCUCUCCUAACUUUAAGGUGAAGCUGUUUUUCACGAAGACGGUGGACGAGACGUCGAACUCUGAGGCGAGCACUUCCACGUCCAUCACUCCGGACGUUAGCGACAACGAGCCGGAUCAUUACCGUUAUUCGGACACGACCGACUCGGACCCCGAGAACGAACCGUUUGAUGAGGAACAGCACACACAGAUCACGAAAGUCUGAACGCUUCACACACCCCCACACACACACACACACACACAUACGCACACAUUCAGCUACCUAUCAUAGACAUGGACAUAAACAGCCAACCAACACCAGACAUAAAAAAAAAAAGGAGAAAACUUGAAAAAUGUACUGAAGAGAAAAGGACCUGCCCACGUCACCCUCACUAACCAAACCAUCACUUCUGCUCUCCUGACCAAUCUCUGCUUUUAUUAUUAUUAAUUAUUAUUAUUAUUAUUAUUAUUAUUAUUAUUAUAUGGAUAUCGACACCAUUGGCUGAGGUGUGUGGGCGGGUCCUGUAGCUACUCUGUAUAUAUAUCUAUAUAUAAAUAUAAAUCUAUAUGAAAAAAAAUCCAGUUUUUGUGUCGGACGAUGAAAACUCGGCAAUCAGGCGAGGAGAGGAGGAGCGGGACGGACGAAGACGAAACCACACUCGUUUAUUUCUCCAUCGUUCUUCUUUUCUUUCCUUCUUCACCCAGGCCAGUGCUGCAGUCUCCAGUCGCUCCCUCCGUCUCCUCCUCUCCCUCGCUCCCUCGUGAAACCCCAACAGCCCACCCCUCCCUCCCUCCCUCCCUCCCUCGCUCGCCCCUCCCCUCCCCGGGCGUGUGCUGAUAAUCAGUACGACAUUUCAGAUAUCAGUGUGACGUGUUCUAAAUAUCCCGUGUCAGCAGUGCACGAGAAGAGUUGAGACGACUCGGCGUGAAUACUGAAUGAGACACAGCUGAGAUGUGUUGAACACGCAUUCGUGAGGUCAUACCUGGAGCCAAACACACACACCCCCGAAUAAAUAAAAAUGAUUUCAGUCAUUAAAUAUAUUGUGUAAAAUUGCGACACUUCACAAUUAAACAUGGCACAGUUUUAAAAAAAAAAUUUUCCCCAUGUGACUCAAAUCAGUCAUUCUAUCAUUUAGACAGUCAUGAGGGGGCGGAGCUUCAGCCUAACAAGCCCCAUUUCUGAUUAGAUCAUUCAUGACUUCUACAAAAUGGCCACCUUGAAGAUAAACGCGUACGACGUCGUUCAGGAACCAAGAGAGCGAAGUGAACGGGAACGCGAUACUGAACCUGGGGCUGAAACAUAAGUCGCAACUUAAAGUUGUGAGAAGAUUGCUGGAACAUGUUUCAGCUAGGUAAUGAUUAGCUAGCUAUUGAUUUGGCUAGAAAAGUGUUUUAAACUGACUGGAAAGGCAAUGUGACCUUAGGAACCCGAUGGAAUAAUCAGGAACGUCAGUGUUUACCUCAGCUGUGUCUGUAAAUUACAAAAAAAGAACGUAAAUUCUUUGUAAGACUGAAAUUAUGCUGUGUAUAUACCUACACUUAGCAGCGUCCACUAACACAUUACAGUAGAGGGCGGGGCUAAAUAAAGAAAAGAAAACUCAUUGAUCCUGCUGCAUUUUGAUGAGUGAAAGUGACAGUUGGCAGACUGUUAUUUUUUGAAUUUGAAUUCCAACUGCUGCCUGAUGAUGUCACUGUGGCAUCCUAACAGUCAUCUAAACCCCGCCUCCUUUCUUCCACCGAGCUAAAUUCAAUAAACAAACAACAAAACAACACGUUUGUGUCACUUUUAGUCUACAGAUUACGUGUAGAUUAUUUUCCACUUGACUGUUAUUUUCUGAAUUUGAAUUCCAACUGCCACCUACCAAUGUAUAUAUAUAAAAUAAAAUAAAUUAAAAAAACUCCUCCCCCUUUCUGAGCUAAAGUCAAUGAACAACAAAACAACACAGUCGUGGCACAUUUAAUGAUGUUUAGAUUAAGUUCCUCUUCACUGACUUUUUUUUUAUUUGAAUUCCAACUGCUGCCCAAACUCCGCCCCCUUUCUGUUACUGAGCUCAGUCAGGUUACAUUUAUUUUUAGUCUUAUUAUUUUUAUUUCAAGAAACAAAUUCUGACUAUAUAUAUAUAUAUAUAUAUCAGCACACGCCCAUUUCCCUUACUGUGAAUGCUUCUUGUGCUGUCCACAAGCCCCUUCUGCCUGACCUUUGUCCCCUUUGCGUUGUGAACUAUGAAUUCUGGGAUGCGUAGUUCGUUUUCCGCCCCUCCCCCGCCAUUUCCUCGCUGUGUAUAAUGUUAAACUUUGCAGAAAGAAGAAAACCAUGUAAUUGUCCAUGUUUUUUUGUUGUCGUCGUUGUUGUUGUUGUUGUUUUUUUGUUUAGUUUUUUUAUCCUAAGAUAAUAAAGCUAUAUAAAUAUAUCUAUAUAUAAUACACAGAAGCGCAGGGAACCAGUGUUUGCAAUAAUGUUAACACUCAACAUUUAAAGGACAAACUGGUGUGCAUGUUAUAUUGGAGUUAGUGUACAUGUUUAAUAAAUGCUAUACAAUGUGUUUUUAUUAAAA